AUGCAGCACAAGGGCCAGGUGGGUGGGUGUGUUUGCUUCCUGCUGGACCUGCCGACUCCACCCUGGCAACCGUGGAGCGUGGGCACUGCCACGCUGUGGAUGGUGGAGGGGACGUUCAGCAGCCCCGUUGGUAAGGAUUUUAACUAUUCGGACCCAGAACUUAUUCAUGGAUAUUCAAAAUAUGGAUUUAAUUCCAUUAUCAGUAAAAACUUGGGCAACCACAGAGAUGUGCCAGAUACCAGGAAUAAAAUGUGUCAUAAAAAACAGUACCCAUCCAACCUACCUACUGCCAGCAUUGUCAUUUGUUUCCACAAUGAAGAAUUUAAUGCCUUGUUUCGGACAGUGUCCAGUGUCAUGACUCUUACUCCACAGCAUAUCCUUGAAGAAAUUAUUUUGGUAGAUGACAUGAGUGAAUUUGGGGAUGUUCUGGUGUUCCUGGACAGCCACUGCGAAGUGAAUAAAGUAUGGCUGGAGCCCUUGCUGAAUGCCAUUGUCAAGGACCCCCGAAUGGUGGUGUGUCCACUGAUAGAUGUCAUUGAUUAUGUGACCCUGGAAUACCAGCCCUCUCCUAUUGUCAGGGGAGCCUUCAACUGGUAUCUGCAAUUUAAAUGGGAUCAUGUUUUCUCUUACGAGAUGGAUGGACCAGAAGGACCCACUAGACCUAUCCGGUCACCUGCAAUGGCUGGAGGAAUUUUUGCUAUAAAUAGGCAUUAUUUUAAUGAAAUUGGACAGUACGACAAGGGCAUGAAUCUCUGGGGAGGAGAAAAUUUGGAACUUUCACUGAGGAUCUGGAUGUGUGGAGGCCAACUCUUUAUACUCCCCUGCUCUCGAGUAGGACAUAUUGACAAGCAACACACUGCAAACCACGCUGGAAUUUUAAAAGCCUUGGCAUAUAAUAACCUCAGACUGGUGCACACUUGGCUAGAUGAAUACAAGGAGCAGGUUUUUUUACGAAGACCUCAUCUGAAAUAUCUUGCCUAUGGAGAUAUUAGUGAGCGUGUUGAAUUAAGGAAACAAUUGGGUUGCAAGUCAUUUCAGUGGUAUUUGGAUACUGUCUUCCCAGAACUGGAGACCUCUAAGAGAGUAAAAAUUCCCCUAGUCCUUCAACGUAGAGAAGAGAACAAGUUUGGAACAUCAUGA